GGUUACUUCCUGGGAACCGACUCAAAAGAACGAUUCGUUCAAGCAUCGAACAUCGCUAAUGUGCGGGACGCGAGCGGCAGCAGAGACUCAGAAAGCUGUCCGACACAAGGACGGACCGUCAUGAGCCACAACAUCAGCCCGCGUUUACGACAAAGACCGUCGCGCCCGGAAAACCGAGUCAGAGUUCCAGCGGUUGUGUGGAGGAUCUGAGAUGAGAAGGUUUCUUUGGGAGGCACGUGGCGCUGAGGCAUGUCUUUAAGAGAGUCUCCUUUCCCCAAUUUCUUCCUGGAAGGUCUCCAUGCCGUAGGAUGGGGUCUGAUCUUCCCUUGUUUCUGGUUCCUGGACCAUCUCCUCGCCGUCUGCAUCUCCACCAGUCUGGAGCACAUGUUGCGGCGCGAAAUGGAGUGCUACCUUCACCCGCUUCAGGUCGUCUUCGGCUUCGUCCUCUUCUUCAUCCUGUUCAUAAUCUCCACGCCGUUUGCCCUCCUGGGGUUCGUGCUAUGGGUGCCACUGCAGGCCGUACGCCGGCCGUUCGCGUACCACCAUCAGGAGCAGAUCAUUCCCAUGGAGGAUCGCAAUGCUAGGUGGGAAGAGUCUGGGAAAGUCAGUUUCGUGUUUUUGUCGGGAAACUUGUGCAUGCUUCCCGACGGUGUUGCACGCUUCAACAACCUCGGGCACACGCAAAACCGCGCAGCAUACAUCGGGAAAAGCAUCGUGCAGGGUGUCACGCGCCCUCACAUCUGUAUCUUCGUCGAUUCUCCCAGCAGCUGCAGCACCGUUACACCAUCCAGCAGUUUGAUCCCACAACCGGCGCCAUCCUCGUACGGAUCCAUAGACGUUUCCGCGACCAAUCCGUUGGAAGAUAUUCGUGAAACCGACGACCUUCCCAAACCUAGCUGCAACCAGAACUCUAACCAGCACAAGGAUCCGCCUCGGACACUCUUACGGGACGCGGAUGUGCCGGUGGAAGUGUCCGCUCUGUUCCCGUCCUCCGUGGACGUUAUGUGUUUCCAGGAGGUUUUCGAUAAGCGAGCUGCUUUGAAGCUCACGCGGGCUCUCGGUCCGCUCUAUGGACACGUGCUCUACGACGUCGGCGUCUACGCCUGCCAGCCUGCUGGAACAUGCUCAUCUUUUAAGUUUUUUAACAGCGGUUUGUUCCUGGCUAGUCGCUAUCCCGUGAUGGAGGCUGAGUAUCACUGCUUUCCCAACGGACGAGGAGAAGACGCUCUGGCUGCCAAAGGACUGCUCACUGUAAAGGUGGAAAUCGGGUUACGAAAAGGUGAGAAGAAAAUGGUCGGGUAUAUUAACUGCACUCACCUGCACGCUCCUGAAGGGGACGGAGCGAUUCGCUUCGAGCAGCUGAACAUGUUGACCAAAUGGAUCAAUGAGUUCCAGGCAGUGACCAGACGAGAAGAUGAGAUGGUGGUGUUUGAUGUGCUCUGUGGAGACUUUAACUUUGACAACUGCUCUCCAAACGACAGACUGGAGCAAAGCCACAGUGUGUUUGAGGACUAUAUGGACCCCUGCAGAGCCGGAGCCGGGAGAGAGAAGCCAUGGGUCAUCGGAACCCUGUUGGAGCAUCCCACGCUCUACGAUGAGAACACGAGGACACCAGACAGCCUGCAGCGGACUCUGGAGACUGAAGAACUGCGUAAGGACUAUAUUUCUCCACCGGUGGCGCUCGGAGGUGUUCCUCUGGUCUAUCCUGAGUCUGAUCAGCCCUGGACGGGCCGCCGGAUCGAUUACCUCCUGUAUCGAGAGAGCGCUGUGUCCAGUCACGGAAAAACUGAGCUGGAGGAGUUUACGUACGUCACGCAGCUGGCUGGACUGACGGAUCACGUUCCUCUGGCCUUCAGACUCGCCGUCUCUCUGGAUCCACAGCCUGCUUUCUAGUGGACCAGACUGACCACACUGUAGCACAUCUGUCAGAAAGUCACCAAAGUUACCUGUCAUUGUUAACUGCUUGAGAUACGGAGAAACAGCAGAUAUCACCGUACGAUCAGAGCAAUAGUUCUGACACUCUUCCCUGUGCGUCUGCUCUCUGUACAGUUCAUCAAAGCAUAGAUAUCACACACACAUGCAUUACAUUCUGCUCUUGUUUUUUGUUUAAUGACAUGUUUUUUUUCAUGACAGCACAGAAACCAUUUUGCAAAUAUAUUUUAAUAAAAGCGUAGAAUGUGUUUUUU